UCUUAGCUCAUUUUUAAUGGUGGGUUCAAUUACGAUCUAUAGAGACCAUUGGUGGUGAGAGAGAUGAAGUAUUAGAGCUUUUGAGGAAUGUGAUGUCUUUUUGGAGAAAAAUAAAUAAGGAUAGAAAUGUCUAAAUAUGGUUAUAACAUGAAAGAAUUAGAAGGUUGGAUUAAUUUUCCAAUUUGACCUUCAUUUUGAGUCUCAUGUCCAAAUAACCCAGACGUGUCUGCACCUCCCUUUCAUUGAGAAGUAAAGAAAUAGGCUGUGAUAUGUGAAACAAGACUUUCUUCUCUGCCAUGUCCGAGGAAGACAUACCUUGUAAAUCUCCGUAUGAACCUCGACCAAACCCUAUCCCUAACCCUAACCCUAACCCUAGCCCUAACCCCAACCCUGACAUUUCCAACGACGAUGAGAACAACAAUAGCAUCAACACUUGCGAGUCCUUGGGCACAGCAAUAUCCUCCAUGCUGGGCUCUGUAAUUAGGGACUUCGAUUCCAGAGCUGACGCCGUUAUUCGAAGCCAGGAUCACCUCUCUCUCGUCAUUGAUCGUCUCACCGGAGAGCUUGAUAAAUUAUUAGAAGAUGCACCCUUGCCAUUCAUCAUGCAACAUGCUGCCAAGAUUUCUGGUGUUAGAAAGAGAGUUUCAUCAUUGAAUUCACUUCUAAAAUCUAUACAGCGUCGUGUUGAUAAUAUCGAUGGAAUGCUAUCCAUGGGAUUGGCACAUGAGAAAACAAUCACAGCAAGUUCUGGACAUUAUUAACAUUCAUAUCUAUGAGAGUGGUAGAAAAGCCAGUUUCAAGUUCAAUCAGGACUGCUCUAUUUGUUGGCAUGUAAUAUGUUUUGCCUUCUCAGUUGAGCUUGUUAUAAAAUAUCUUUUGACUACCACUUGCUCCAAAAGCUUAAGCUGACUGAGGGCUUGGGGUUCUAGAAAUGGUCUGAGCCAAGACUUACAGGGAAUCACAACUGUGAUACCUCGUGAGAUUUAUUUAGCCCAAAAUCUUAAACUCUUGAAUAGACCUGCCUCAAAUUUACCCUCCGGUGUGCACUAUAGUUUCUUGUAGAUGCAAAUGUAUCGAUUGGAAGAUUUGUGAUAUUUGUACACAAAUAAACUUUCAGGUUUCUUGUAAUAUGAGAUGCAACUUGUUUGUCAAUUCAAUGUUUCCAACCUGCAAGGACCAAGUACUAAGAAGAAUGGGAAGAUAAUGUUCCAAGACGUGAUCAGGCAGUCUGGUUAUAAAUGUGAACUCUGACAACAAAGAAUUGGUUUCCAUUUCAACAGCUUGGAAAUGGACCUUAAUCAGCUGACAUGAUAGCAAAAGCGGCUUUAUAACCUGAACAAUUCUAUUUGGCUUCGCUUGAUUUAGUUGUUUGAUUUGAUUUGGGUUUCUUAUUGUCUAAAGGAAGGGCCCAGAUAUCAAAACCCUGGAGGAAAUAUUUUUAUUCCCAGAUCUUGUAUGAUUGAUUUGUUCUCUUUCAAUUCAAUUGAUGUUUUAUUGGUGAGGUUUUGUA